AUGUGUGCGAGGAUUUUACGUCGUAGUACUUCAAAGUAUCCUGUUAAUGAAAGUGAAUAUAUUGGAAUUGCUGGUUACACAAAUCAACUUUUUCGACAUGCUGUUAAAAACGGUUUUCAAUUUACGUUGAUGGUUGUUGGGCAAAGUGGAUUGGGAAAAUCAACGUUCAUAAAUACGUUGCUUCAAACCAAUCUAUCCGAAUAUGAAGGAAGACCAUUAGCAACAACAACAAAAAUAAAUGAGAGAAUUUAUUAUGUUGUUGAAAAUAAAGUAAAACUGAAACUUACUUUAAUUGAUACACCAGAUUUUGUUGAUUCUCGAUUUUCUGAAUAUAUGGAUGAGGAGAUUAAAAUUGAAAGAAAGACAAAAAUUGAGGAUAAACGUGUACAUUUAUGCUUGUAUUUUAUAUCACCAUCUGGACACUCUCUUUCUGAAAUUGACAUAAAAUUUAUGAAAAAAUUGCAUGACAAAGUUAAUAUUAUACCCGUUAUUGCAAAAUCAGAUACUUUAACUACUUCUGAAUUGUCUCUUUUCAAGUCAACUAUUUUAGAUGAUAUACAAAAAAAUGAAAUAAAAAUUUAUGAAUUUCCGGUAGAAGAAGAAGUACGUCAAGAUAUCUCAAAACCAUACAAAAGAGUUCCUUUUGGUAUUGUAUGUUCAAAUAGUGUGAUCAAAGAUCAGAAUGGUCAUUUAACGCGAAUACGUAAAUAUCCAUGGGGUAUAGUUGAAGUUGAAAAUUUGGAACACAAUGAUUUUGUCUUUUUAAGAGAUAUAAUUUUUAAAAAACAUUUUAUAGAUUUUGUAGAGGAAACACAUUGUGUACAUUAUGAAAAUUACCGCUACAAUAGGCUCGUAAAUAAAUUUAAAGAUUCUACAGGAUCUUUUAAUCCUGUUUUAGAAGCAGGAAAAAAAAUAACUGAAUUAGAGAAUGAGUUUAACAAACAAAAAUUAAAUAUGGAUAAGAUAUUUACAGAGUGUGUACUUAAUGGGGAAAUUCAAUUAAAAGAAAAAGAGUUUAAAUUAAAGGAAUCUGAGACUAAGUUAAAAGAAGAACUUUUUAAAAAGAAAGAAAAACUUAAGAACUUAAGAGGAAAUAUUCAAAAUUUAGUAGAAUAA